AUGGACCCAGACCCGCCGCCCUCGCCCCUCGUCGUCGCCGCGUCGCCUCCUCCAGCAGCCCACGACUCGGCCCUCGAGUGCAACCUCGCGCACCGCACCCGCGCCUUCCUGCACCGCCUGGGCGUCGCCACCACUGCACCCGCACCAGCACCCGCGACCCUCAUCAAGCACGAUGCGCCCGCCACCCACCUCGCGUGGACCCCGCUCGUCCCACUGUCCGACCUGAGCUCGCUCGCCGCCCUCAUCACCCACGACGCCCGCGCGGCCGCCCCCCUACUCGAGCACCUCGCCAUCGCGCACCCGACGCCCGGCCACGAGAGCGAGGCCCGCACCCGCACCCUCGACACGCUCGCCCGCCUCGCCCUCGAGCCCGCCCUCACCGUCGAGGUCCUCGCCCACUACCGCCCGCUCGCCGUCGUCCUCGUCGGCAGGUGGUUCGACCUCCUCGGCCUCACCGACACGGGCUCGUGGCGCGACGGCGAGCCGGGCCACGAGGCCGCCCCAGGCGAGCGCGACGCCGUCGACAAGGUCUGGUCGGCUCUCGUUCGCGCCUUGCCUCUCCUCGGCGACGACGCCAUGCCGUACUUGCGCCUCCUCUUGCGUCACCCGCUCCUCGCCGUCGGCCCGCUCCUUCCUGCGCCCGACUCGGCCGACUACGACUCGCGCCUCGCGGCGGCCCUCCUCAAGCUGUACUCGAUCCUGCACCACCUGCCGUCGUUCCCCGCCGUCAGCGGCUGGUCGCUCCCGCCCCAGAUCGAGCAGACGAUGAAGACGCACCCGCACCGCGGCAUGCGCCUCGUCGCCUGGCGCGUCGUCCGCGCCUGGCUCGGCCUCUUUGCCGCCACGGGCGACGAGCUCAAGCGCCAGUGGGUGUGGCGCAUCGCCGAGCCCCAGGCGUCGACCUCGACCGCGACCCUCCCGCUCGCGCCCGCCCUCCCCUACCCGACCGACCACGCGACCGAAUACGCUGCGACGUUCGGCGCCGACCCGGCCUCGCCCGCCGACGCAGACGAUCUCCUCCCCUCAGGGUUUGGAGAGGAGCUCGUCGUCGCGUCCGGCGGUGACGAGUGCAGCCGGCUCGUCCAGGGCGGCCUCGAGGUCCUCGUCCGCCGUCGCGGCGUCGACCCGUGGGUCCUCCCGAUCGUCGAGGAUGUUCGCGCGCAUGACGAUCGCGCGCGCGCCCUCGUCUCGGCGCCCGCCGUCGCACCGGGCGAGAGCCCCCUCGGCGCGUUCGAGCCCGCCGAGCUCGGCAAGACGACCGUCGUCGUCGCCGACUCGGUCCUCGUCUUUCGCGAGGGCCUCGUCCCCUCGCUCACGUCGCCUGCCGCCUCGGCGCCCGGGCCAUCGAGCUCGCUGUCGCUGUCGCACGCCGCCGCGCCGGCCGUCACGCCCGAGCCCGAGGCGUUCGUCGCGACGUCGGCGCACACGGCGCUCCUCGCGCAGCUCGCGCACAACGUGACGCGCCGCGUCCCGACGCUCGUCACGGGCGCGCCGUCGUCGGGCAAGCAGAGCGCCGUCAUGCACCUGUGGAACGAGGUCCACGCGGCGCCCUCGAGCGCCGGCCCGACGUACGAGGCCAAGCGCCGUGGCCUCGUCGUCAUCAACCUCGCCGACCGCUCGCUCGACAGCAAGUCGCUCCUCGGCUCGCUGUCAUCGGCGCCGUCGAGCGCGUCGUCGGCGGCCAACGCGGCGAGCGGCGCCGGCCAGUUCACGUUCGUCGAGGGCCCGCUCACGCGCGCGAUCCGCCAGGGCCGGUGGACGCUCCUCCUCAACAUCGACCAGGCGGCACCCGAGCUCCUGAGCGUCAUCAAGGUCGUCGCCGAGCGCAUGCACACGGCGGCGGCGUCGCGCGCCGGCCCGAGCGCCGGUCGCGCGUACGGCGGCAUCGGCGCCGAGGAGCAGGACGGCGGCGUCGGCGUCCGCGUCGGCGGCGGCGAGGGCCGGUGGGUCAAGGCGGCCGAGGGGUUCAUGCUGUUCGCGACGCGCUCGCUCCCGGCCUCGUCGCUCGUGCCGACACCGGCCCAGCCCGCCUUCUUCGCGGCCCACUUCUUCGGCGAGGCGCUCCUGCGCCCGCUCGAGAGCGCCGAGGUCGGCCAGAUCGUUCAAGGGCGGUACGGCGCCCGGCUCGACCGCGUGCAGGGCUUCGCGGCGCUGCUCGUCGAGGCGUGGGAGGCCGUGCGCGACGAGGCGGCCAAGGUCAAGGAGGGCGGUCAGGGUGGCACGAAGAGGGAGGCCGGUGUCCGGGACCUGCUCAGGUGGUGCCGCCGUGUCGCACACCUCCUUCCCGCAGGUCUCGCCCUGCCCUCGCUCGCCGCCAACCCGACCCUGCAGGAGGAGGUCUUUGUCGAGGCCCGAGACGUCUUCCUCGGCUCCCUCAUCCUCCCGACCACGUCCUCGUUCGCCUCGCCGACCAACGCGGCUGCCGCCGCCCUCGAGGACGCCAACGCGACCCUCGCGCCGGCUCUGCCGCGCGACCGGUUCUCGGUCGUCGCGCGCUCGCUCGCGUCGACCCUCGGCCUGUCGAUCGAGCGCGCCGAGUGGGCCCUGCGCCAGCGCAUCCCUGACCUCGUCCUCCCGACGAUCGACACGUCGUCCGGGCUCGCGCCGUCGAAGAGCGCCGGCGCGCACACGGUCAAGGUCGGCCGCGUCACGUUGCCCUUCUCGGCGCCCUCGCGGCGCACCAAGCACUCGCGGCCGUACGCGCUCACCAAGCCGUCCCUCCUCCUCCUCGAGAAGCUCGCCGUGUGCCUGUCGCUCUCCGAGCCGGUCCUCCUCGUCGGCGAGACGGGCACGGGCAAGACGGCCGGCGUCGGGUACCUCGCCGAGCUCAUGGGCAAGCGGCUCACGGCGCUCAACCUGAGCAACCAGACCGAGGCGGGCGACCUGGUCGGCGGCUUCCGACCUAUCGACGAGGCCGAGGAGGCGAGGCGUGCCGCUUCAGAACUCGUCAACCGCUUCGUCGAGCUCUUCGGCGCCACCUUUUCGCUCACGCGCAACGCCGACUUUGUCACGCACGUCCGCAAGGCCCUCGACAAGAAGCGCUACCCGCGCCUCGUCGGCCUGUGGCGCGAGGCCAACCGCAUGGCCUCGGCGCGAGUCGGGUCGGCCGCCGAGGCGGUCGACGACGUCGGUCCGUCGGACGCGCAGGCGCAGCGCAAGCGCCGUCGCGUCGAGAGCGCCAAGGCGCAGCUCGGCGAGCGGUGGAAGGACUUUAUGUCGGCCGUCGGCGACUUUGACCACCGCCACGUCUCGGCGGCCGGCGGCAAGGGCAAGGCCAAGUUCGUCUUCUCGUUCGUCGAGGGCCCGCUCGCGCAGGCGAUCCGCAACGGCGACUGGGUCCUCCUCGACGAGGUCAACCUCGCGUCGUCCGAGACGCUCGAGUCGCUGUCGACCCUGCUCCAGGCGCCCGACUCGUCGCUCGUCCUCACCGAGCAAGGCGACCUCGAGCCGAUCCCGCGCCACCCCGAGUUCCGCCUGUUCGCGUGCAUGAACCCGGCGACCGACGUCGGCAAGCGCGACCUCCCCGUCGGCCUGCGCGCCAAGUUCUCCGAGAUCUGGGUCCCGCCACCAGACGAGGACCGCGACGCGUUGCGCACCAUCGUCGAGGGCUACAUCGGCCACGUCGCCGUCGCCGACCGCCAAGUCGUCGCCGACGUCGCCGACCUGUACUCGGCCGUCAAGACGCUCGCGCUCCGGGCCCAGAUCGCCGACGGCCAGAACAUGCCGCCGCACUUCUCGAUGCGCACGCUCGCUCGCGCCCUCACGUUCGCGGGCGAGUUUGCGCCGACGUUCGGCCUGCGGCGCGCCCUGUACGAGGGCUUCAUCAUGGCCUUCACGAUGCUCCUCGACGAGCGCUCGCAGACGGUCGUGCGCGCGCUCGUCGACAAGCACGUCGUCCAGGGCGCCAAGAACCCGCGGUCCCUGAUGGAGCGCGUCCCGACCAAGCCCGCCUCGAUGGACGCCGCCAUCCGCCUGCACCACUUCUGGCUCGAGCAAGGCCCGUUCGAGCCCGAGGAGCCCGACGACUACAUCUUGACGCCGAGCGUCCAGGCCAAGGUGUGCGACCUCGCGCGCGCCGUCCUGACGCGCAAGGUGCCCGUCCUCAUCCAGGGCCCGACGUCGGCGGGCAAGACGAGCGUCGUCGAGUACCUCGCCAAGCGCACGGGCCACCGCUUCGUGCGCAUCAACAACCACGAGCACACCGACAUCCAGGAGUACGUCGGCACCUACGUCUCGGACCCGCACUCGGGCAAGCUCGUGUUCCAGGAGGGCGUCCUCGUCCGAGCGCUCCGCAACGGCGACUGGAUCGUCCUCGACGAGCUCAACCUCGCGCCGACCGACGUCCUCGAGGCCCUGAACCGCCUCCUCGACGACAACCGCGAGCUCGUCAUCCCCGAGACGGGCGAGGUCGUGCGCCCGCACCAGCACUUUAUGCUGUUUGCGACCCAGAACCCUCCCGGCCUGUACGGCGGUCGCAAGGUCCUGUCGCGCGCGUUCCGCAACCGGUUCCUCGAGAUGCACUUUGGCGACGUGCCCAAGGACGAGCUCAAGACAAUCCUCGAGCGUCGGUGUCGCAUCGCCCCCUCGCACGCCGAGAAGACGGUCAACGUCUUCCUCGAGCUCCAGCGUCGCCGCCAGGCCGGCCGUGUGUUCGAGCAGAAGCAGGCGUUCGCGACCUUGCGCGACCUGUUCCGGUGGGGCGGCCGCGGUCCCGUCGAGACGGUGCAGCAGCUCGCCGAGGACGGCUACAUGCUCCUCGCCGAGCGCGCUCGUCGCGCCGACGACAAGCAGGUCGUCAAGGAGGUUCUCGAGGACGUCCUGCGCGUCAAGAUCGACGAGGCGGGCCUGUACGACUUUGCGCGCUUGCCCCAACUCGGCCUUCCUGUACCGCCUCAAGACGCCGAGCUCGUGUGGACCUCGGCCAUGCGUCGCCUGUACUUCCUCAUCGCCUCCUCGCUCCUCCGCCACGAGCCCGUCCUCCUCGUCGGCGAGACCGGCUCGGGCAAGACGUCGGUCUGUCAAGCCCUCGCACACGCCGUCUCGCGCCAGCUCCACAUCGUCGGCUGCCACCAGAACACCGAGACGGCCGACUUGCUCGGCGGGCAGCGGCCCCUGCGCAACCGCGCCGCCAUCCAGGCCGGCCUGCGCUCCGAGGCGGCGUCGCUCCUCGCCGACGCGGGCAAGCCGGCGCCGACCGAGGACGAGGCCGACUUUGACGACGUCGUCGCCCUCGUCGACGAGCUCGCCGCCGAGAACAAGGGCGGCGACGCCAAGGCCCUCGGCGACCGCAUGCGGUCGACGACGGCCCUGUUCGAGUGGCACGACGGUCCGCUCGUGCAGGCGAUGCGCGGCGGCGACUUGAUCCUCCUCGACGAGAUCUCGCUCGCCGACGACUCGGUCCUCGAGCGCCUCAACUCGGUCCUCGAGCCGUCGCGCACGCUCGUCCUCGCCGAGAAGGGCGGUCUCGACCUCGACGACAUCCGCGUCGUCGGCCGCGACGGCUUCGAGAUCCUCGCGACCAUGAACCCGGGCGGCGACUUUGGCAAGAAGGAGCUGUCGCCGGCCUUGCGCAACCGCUUCACCGAGAUCUGGGUCCCGGCCGUCGACGACGCGACCGACCUCCUGCACAUCAUCGGCAGCCGGUGGGCGCCCGAGCACCGCGACCGCCUCGAGCCGUUCGCGGCCAAGAUCCUCGAGUUUGCCAAGUGGUUCGCCGGCCAGGUCGGGCAGAGCGAGGGCCUCGGCAUCGGCCUGCGCGACAUCCUCGGCUGGGUCGACUUCCUCAACGUCGCAGCAGCCCGGCGCGGCGGCGUCAGCACCCUCGACAUGGCCGACGCGUUCUGCCAGGGCGCCCUCAUGACUGUCGUCGACGGCCUGGGCGCGCUCCCGACGACGUCGGGCUUGUCCAAGGACGGUCUCGACAAGUUGCGCCACUCGUGCUGGCGGUACCUCGAGUCGCUCGUCCCGGUGACGAUGCGGCCCGAGUCGCUCCCGCUCGACGUGUCGGACGCCGACGGCGUGUUCUCGGUCGGCCCGUUCGGCGUCGCCAAGGGUGCGCUCCCGCCGGCCCAGGUCGACUACACGCUCCUCGCGCCGACAACCCGCCUCAACGCCAUGCGCCUCCUGCGCGCGCUCCAGCUCGCCAAGCCCGUCCUCCUCGAGGGCAGCCCCGGCGUCGGCAAGACGAGCCUCGUGACGGCCGUCAGCGCCGCGACGGGCCACGCGCUCGUCCGCAUCAACCUGUCGGACCAGACCGACCUCAUGGACCUCCUCGGCAGCGACCUGCCCGUCGAGGGCGGCAAGAGCGGCGAGUUCGCGUGGAAGGACGCGCCGUUCCUCGCCGCCAUGCAGAACGGCGACUGGGUCCUCCUCGACGAGAUGAACCUCGCGUCGCAGUCGGUCCUCGAGGGCCUCAACUCGUGCCUCGACCACCGCGGCGCCGUCUACAUCCCCGAGCUCGACCGCACCUUUAACCGCCACCCCGAGUUCCGCAUCUUUGCGGCCCAGAACCCGCUCGGCCAAGGCGGCGGGCGCAAGGGCCUCCCCAAGUCGUUCCUCGACCGGUUCAGCCUCGUCCACAUGGAGGAGCUCGACUCGACCGACCUCAACGCGAUCGCCUGCGCCCUGUACCCGGACAUGGACCCGGCCGUCCUGCGCAAGAUGAUCGCGUUCAACUCGAGCGUGCACCGCGCGACGAUGGACGCGCGCAAGUUUGGUGCCGAGGGCUCGCCGUGGGAGUUCAACCUGCGCGACGUCCUGCGCUGGCUGUCGCUCGUCCGCUCGUCCACCGGGCUCGACGCGCGCCAGCACGACGCGGUCGAGUACUUCGGCCUCCUGUACCUGCAGCGGUUCCGCAACUCGCGCGACCGCGAGCACGUCGCACGCCUCUUUGCCGACGCGUUCGGCGAGCACGUCGACCCGUCGUCGCGCCCGUGGCCGUUCGUCACGACCGAGCACGUCCAGGUCGGCCACUCGCUCCUCGACCGCCGCGACUCGUCGAUCGCCGUCGAGCGCGCCAGCACGGCGCUCCCGAUCCGCCGCGAGUCGCUGCAGCCGCUCGAGGCGCUCGUCAAGACGCUCGACAUGGGCUGGCUCGCCAUCCUCACCGGGCCUCGGGCGACGGGCAAGACGGCGCUCGUGCGCCAAGCCGCCGCGCUCGCGGGCAAGCGCCUGUGCGAGUUCACGAUGAACGCCGAGGUCGACACGCUCGAGCUCCUCGGCAGCUUCGAGCAGGCCGACCGCAUGCGCGACCUCGACUCGGUCGCCCGAGACGCCGUCGCCGUCCUCAAGGACGCCGCCACGGCCCAGCUCAAGACGGACGCCGUGUCGGACGUGUACUCGGCCCUCGCCCAGCUCCGCCAGGUCCGCCUCCAGCUCGCCACCGAGGCGGCCGACCUCGACGUCGUCGCCCUCGGCCAGACGAUCCGCCUCGUCCUCGACGCCCUCGCCGCCUUUUCGCCCUCGACUGCCGCCGACCUCAUCGUCCGCCUCGACCUCGCCGUCACCGUCGCCGACACGUCCGCCGCCGCCGCAAGGUUCGAGUGGAUCGACGGCCCGCUCGUCCAGGCGAUGAAGAACGGCGACUGGCUCCUCGUGGAAGACUCUAACCUGUGCAGCCCGUCUGUCCUCGACCGCCUCAACUCGCUGUUCGAGCCCGGCGGCCGCCUGCAACUCGCCGAGCGCGGUCCUGUCAACGGCGAGAUCCAGAUCAUCACGCCGCACCCCGACUUCCGCCUCGUCAUGACGCUCGACCCGCGCAACGGCGAGCUCUCGCGCGCCAUGCGCAACCGCGGCAUCGAGAUUGCCGUCCUCGCGCCCUCCUCCAGCACCGCCGACCCCGCCGUCGCCGUCUCGACUGUCGCCCUCGCCGUCGACCACUUUGCCGAGCCGUCGCUCGCCCCUGUCGUUCGUCUCGCCAACCUCGCCGACAGCGACAUUCCGCCUGUCGCACUCGUGCAGCAACUCCUGUCGAACCUGUCGGCAGCACAGCUGCCGCUCGCGCUUCGUGUCCUUCGGACCCUCAAGCUCUCGAGCGACGAGCUCCCUGUCGAGUUUGCCCUGCGUCAGCUCGCCCAGCACGCCCUCGUCCAGCACUCGACCCAGGCCAAGGCGUCCUUGGCCCAGUCGCGGGAAGUGCCCAUCAGUCUCUUCAUCACUCAGCCCGUCGAUACGUCCCUCGUCCCGCUCGCGGUCGCGCUCGGAAGCGGUUCGGCAGCAGCCCUUCCUCCCCUCGUCUCGACCCUCCUCGAGGCCCUGUCGUCCCUCCUCCUGUCGAUGGCCUCGAGCCCGCAAGGCCUGCGUCGCGCGGCGUCCAAGACGGCGCGGUCGCUCGCCGUGUUCGACAAGUCGCUCCUCGCGCGGCACGGCAAGUUCAAGCUCGACGACGCUGACUCGACGGUCGCCGGCCUGUUCCCGCUGUUCGUCGCCCUGUCGAACCUCGUCUCGCGCCUCGCGAGCGUCGACCCGGCAACGCUCGCCGACGAGGACCGCGCCGCACUCGGCAAGUCGGCCAAGGCGGUGCAGGCCCUCGCGAGCGAGCUCGAGGCCGUCUCGGGCUCGGCCGAGCUCGACUUCUCGACGGUUCAGCACGUCGUCGCCUGGGUCGACGCGGCGCUGUCGCAGAUCCCGCCAGCGUUGGCAGCCGUCGCCGGCGACGCCGUCGAGCAGCUCGCGCCGCUGCGGCAGGCGCUCACGUUGACGAGCGGCAAGGCGAUGGAGCCCAUUUGGCGCUCGUCGUUGCCGUUCAAGCCGAGCAACGCCGCGCUCGCCGACGCGUACGAGCGCCUCCUCGAGCGCGGCAGGCGCAGCGCCGGCGAGGUGUGGGAGCACGCCGUCUCGUCCCUGUUCCUCGAGAUCAGCAUCAUCCUCGGCGUCCCGCAGAGCGCCAAGCAGGCGCGCUACGAGGGCCAGGUCAUCGACGUCGUCGAGCAGCUCCUCAAGCGCAUCCCGGCGGCGCCCGUCGAGCACGACGACGACGAGCGCGACCCGGUCCUCGCCCUCACCUCCUCGUCGAACGCUGCGGCACUCGUCGUCGCCGAGCUCGCCACCGUCUCGUCGGUCCUCCAGGGUGCUCCUUCGGCUCUCGCGUCGUCAACGCUCGUCAAGGUCGUCCAGCACAGCGGCGCCGCAUCGCUCUCGGACGUCGUCGCCGUGCACCAACUCGCGCUCUGGCCUGCAGGCAACGACGACACCAAGUCGGCCGCCUUGUUUGCCACGCUCCUCAACUGGUCCGAGCACCUCGCUCGUGGCUCGAUCAAGACUGUCGCCGAUGCGUCGCCGGCGGACGUCGCUCGCCCUCUGCUCCUGCGCAAGGUCAUCAACCUUCGCCGAGGCGACACGCCCACGCUCGGCAACCUCGUCCUCCAGUCGGCGGCGCUCGCUCGGACGGCCAACCUCCAGCUCGUCGCCGCAGCACCUGAUGCGUCAUCUCGUGUCGAGGGCCUGCGUGCAGCCCUCUUUGCGCUCAUCUCGCUCGUCGUCUCGAGUACGGACGAGACUGAGGGCGAGCAGGCGCUCAUUACGAUCGCCAACGUCGACGCCGAGGUCGCACGACGAGCCGAGUCGUCGGCGCCGCUCGCGGAAUCCGCCUCUCGGUACCUGUCGAGCGCGCUCCCGCCCCUGAAGAUGCUCAAGGUCGACUUGUCGUCGGUCGGCGCCGGCUUCGUCGCGUUCGCGAGGUUCCUGUGGCACCUCUACGUCCCCAACCUCCCGCUCGACCCGGCCGUCGGCCUCCGGGCCCACUCGAGCUUCAUCCGCCGUCAGCUCGCCGCCAUGAGCGGGAUCCUGUCGGCCGUGCGCCUCGACGAGGUCGUCAACACGGGCAACGGUCGCAACGCCAAGCUCGACCGCGUCCAGGUCGAGGUCGACCACCUGCGCCGCCAGCUCGAGCAGGCCGGCGUCGCGCCCGUCACGCGCGAGGGCAACACGGCCCUCCUGUCGGCGCUCUUUUCCGAGCUGCGGUCCUUCCAGGAGCAGAUCGUGAGCGACUCGCAGCUCGACGGCCUCCUCGCCGAGCUCGCCAAGUCGUGGUCGUCGGCCGCGAGCCACCGCGAGUCGAACCUGCAACGGUCCGUCGACACGCUCCUGCGCCGCUUCGACCACGCCUACGCCGAGUCGUCCGACAUCGUCGCACCGAUCCGCCUCGCGCUCGCCGCGCUCAAGAUCGGCUUUGCGCUCCUCGCGCACACGGCGCAGGCGGCCGCGCAGCCGAGCUCGCACGGGCCCUUCCGCACGCUCGUCCGCCGCCUGACGACGUUCCCGAGCAUCGCCGGGCUCGCGGCGGUUCACGGCGACGAGCUCCCGUUGAGCAUCAAGGCGGGCGAGGCGCCGCUGCACCCGGCCCAGGCGACCCUCCUCCAGGUCGCCGCCCUCACGGCGAGCAUCGUCGACGAGACGUCGAGCAGGAGCGACGCCAUCGUUCGCCUCACGCAGCUGUACGAGCGCAUGCACUUCCUGUGGGCGACCGACCGCCACCACGACGAGGAGGCGGCCGAGGCCGAGGCGUCGCUGUACAAGGCCAAGCUCGACGUCCAGCAGGCGCAGACCGACGAGGAGCUCGAGGCGGCCGAGUUCGCCAAGCUGUUCCCGUCUUUCACCGACGUCAUGGCCGACGAGGACGACGACCUCGCCAACCCGUCCGCGUCGGCCGCCGCCGCCGCCGCCGCCGCCUCGCCAUCCCAGUCGUCUCGCCUCGUCCAGCCCGGCGACCAGACGCUCCUCGCCGAGUUGCACCUGAGCCUGUUCGCCCAACGGCCGGCGGCCCGUGCGGCCUCGGCGGCGUCGUCGGCCUACGACCGCCUGCGCCAGUCCGGCGUCGACGUCCUCGUGCCCAAGCUGUACGAGUCGCUCGACGAGUCGCUCGACCGCGACAGCGCGGCGUACCGCAUCCGGGCCCUCGUCGCCCUCAGCGAGGCGUCGAGCCCGCCCGAGUCGGUCGACGCGCCGCAGCACGACUUUUACAACGAGCCCAACGUGCGCGAGACGGCCAAGGUCGUGCCCGUCCUCGUCGACUUUAUCGCGCGCCUCGACGUCAUCAUCGCCAAGUGGCCCGAGCAGAUGGUCCUCCACGCGCUGCGCGAGCGGUGCCGCGGCAUGCUCAACCUCACGUCGUCGGCCUCGAUCGCGCUCGUCCUCACCAACCUCGAGCAGCUCCUCCAGCACACCGAGGACUGGGAGAAGUACGCCGACCGCGAGCACUCGAUCGGCGCCAACCGGACGGCCGUCAUCGCCCUCAUCGUCGAGUGGCGCCGCCUCGAGCUCACGUGCUGGUCGCGCCUGCUGUCGACCGUCCAGGACACGUUCGGCGACACCGUGUCCAAGUGGUGGUUCCGCUUCUACGAGACGGCCAUCCGCAGCGCGCCCGGCGUCGACCGCGAGGCGCCCGUCGACCCGGCCGCCGACCCGGACGACUACUUCCGCGACCUCGUCAAGCUCCUCGACUCGUUCUUCCAGUCGUGCUCGAUCGGUCAAUUUGGUGCCCGCCUCGACCUCGUCCUCGCCUUCGCCAACUACGCCACCGAGCUCGGCUCGAGGCCCGACGCCGUCAAGGAACUCGGAGCCGGUGCCGCCUCGCUCAAGCGUGUCGGCGACCUCCUCCUCAACGUCCACGCCUUCUACUCGCAGUACGAGCCGCGCAUCACGGCGCAUCUCGUGAGCGAGCGCGCCCGCAUCGACAAGGACGUCCAGAACGUCAUCAAGCUCGCGAGCUGGAAGGACAUCAACGUCGCCGCCCUGCGCGCGAGCGCCGUCCGCAGCCACCACCAGCUGCACAAGUGCGUCCGCAAGUUGCGCACGGUCCUCCAGAAGCCGGCGACCGACCUGUUCACGGCCGGCGAGCUCGACAAGACGGUCAUCUCUGCGUCGUCCGCCUCGGCGCCGUUCCCGACUAUCGCCGCCGACAGCAUCCCGGCUCUGUCUGUGGGUGUCGUCACCGACAACGACGCCAUUCACCUCGUCAAGCUCGAGCAGACGGCCACCCGGCUCGGCUCGCUCGCCUCGUCGUCCCUCGCCGCGGUCGUUGGCGCCGAGCACGCGCUCCACCUCGACAACUUUGCCGUCGAGAUCAUCGCGACGGCCAAGGCGCUCCGCGACGAGCCGCUCGGCGCCGAGGAGGGCCGCGAGCAGCGCGUCAAGAACUUGAUCGAGCGCAAGCGUCGGGCGUGGCGGGACCUGCUCAACGAGCUCAAGCGCGUCGGCAUCUCGCCAUCGCCUGCGCCCAAGGUCGUCGCUCGCCUCGAGGACGCCGGCGCCGUCUACAGCUUGACGCCGUCGCACGCGCUCCUGUCGCUCGACCAGGCGACGGUGGGCGGCGACGUCCACUCGCGCGUCGUCAAGGCCGACGCGUACCACUACCGCCAGCUCGCCGAGCUCCCGACGCUCAAGACGUACCCGGCGGCCCACCACGCCGACGUCCGCACGCCCGACGUGCAGCGCGCGCUCGGCCACAUCCAGAGCGGCAUCCACCUCACGUUCGACCAGCGCGCACUUCUUCUCGCCGCCUCGUCGACGCAGGUCCAGCUCGAGCUCCUCGUCAAGCGCCUCGAGGGCGCGCACGGCGCCCAGCCGGCGCUCCCGGCGCGACAGCUCCUCGACGCGCUCCUCACGGCGACGUCGACGACGCUGCACGCGCUCGGCGAGGCUCGCGACGAGCUCGCCCACUUCCGCUCGGCCAGCGCCGCCGCCUCGAGCGUCGACGCGGCGAGGCCGAGCGACGUCGUCAACGAGGCGAUCGCGACCGUCGGUCGGGACCAGUCUCGCCUGCGCGACGCGCUGUCGGCGCUCGCCGGCUACGAGCCCGUCGUCGCCACGCCCGACGAGCUCGUGCUCGCCAAGGAGGCGCGCGAGCACCUCGUCACCGUCGCCGAGACGUUCGGCAACCUCGAGCAGCCUGCGUCGCUGCGACACGUCCUCGCGCCGCUCACCGUCUUCCUCGGAUCGGUCGGCGUCCCCGCCGUCGAGCCGCAGCAAGCCGGCGGCGACGUGGGCGACCUUGCGGCGCUCAAGACGGCGCACGACGACCUCGUGAGCGCCGUUCUCAUCAUCGCCCAGAACCUCAAGAAGGUCGCCGUCGAGGGCGUCAAGGUCGUAGAAGACGACGAGCUCGUCGAUGGCGCCGUCGGCGUCGCAGGCCGCUCGUACCGCUCGCUCUUGGCGACGUUCCGCCUCGACGAGAUGGUCGUCAAGGUCAAGCAGUUCGCGCGUCAAGCCCACGCCGCCCUCUCGCAGCCGCAGCAGACCUCCUCGGCCGCAGCGCUCGUCGCUCGUGUGGCGCCCUUCCUCCGCAUCUACGCCGACCUCCUCUCGCGCCAGCUCGCGUCCUUCUUCGACUGGCACAAGGCGUCGCUCAAGCUCAACCACGUCCUCGCGUCCAUCCUCAAGGAGCUCGCGUCGGACGGCUUCUGCCGCCCGCUCGAGGACGACGGCAAGGGCGAGUCGGACCAGACCGACGGCAAGACGAGCGAGGGCACGGGCAUGGCCGACGGUACCGGCGCCAAGAACGUCUCGGACGAGAUCGAGGACGAGUCGCAGCUCGAGGGCCUGCAGAGCGACGUCCCGCAGGACAAGCGCGACGACGAGCAGCAGCCCGACGAGGACGACGACAACGCCGUCGAGAUGAAGGGCGACUUUGAAGGCGACCUCGAGGACCGCGGCGACGGCGUCAAAGAAGACGGCGACGACGGCGAGAGCGAGGACGACGAGGACGAGGCGGAACCCGAGGACCAAGUCGCCGACGUCGACCCGCUCGACCCCUCGUCGGUCGACGAGAAGUUCUGGGGCGACGACGAGCCGCCGCAGGAGAACCAGGACGGCAAGACGGACGAGGUCAACCAGGAGACGACCAAGUCGGCCGGCGAGGCCGAGAUGAACGCCAAGGAGGACGACACGCCCGCUCCCCAGCCCAAGGGCCAGGAGGGCGAGGACGCGUCCAAGGGCGACGACGAGCCGGUGUCGAAGGAGGAGGCGCAGGGCAAGGAGGGCGAGGAGCAGGACGGCGAGGCGCCCGACGGCGAAGAGGCUGAAGGCGCCGAUGGUGAGGACGAGACGGGCGAGGCCGAGGGAGAAGACGGCGACCAGGCCGACCCCAACACGGGCGAGCGCCUCGACGACGCCAUGCCCGAGGCCGACAACCUCGACCUGCCCGACGACAUGAACCUCGACGGCGACGACAAGGACAAGGACGCCGGCGAGGACGAGGAACUCGACGUCGACGAGAUGGCCGACAUGCCCAAGGAGGGCCCCGAGGGCGAGAACGACGAGCGCCCCGACCAGCUCGACGAGAUGGGCGACGCCAAAGAAGAAGGCGCCGAGGACGACGGCGAGAACCCGCUCACCGCCGACCAAGAUCCCGCAACUCAAGAAGGCGACGACGACCAGCUCGAGCAAGACCAAGCGCUCGACCAGUCGCUCGGCGGCGCCGACCAAGGCGAGACGGGCGGCGAGGGCGAGCAAGACGCAGCGGCGUCCAAGCCCGACCCGGCCACCGCUCCCGACACCUCUCGCCAGGCCGGCGCCCAGUCGGCACCGCAAGAGUCGACCGACGCCAACGCGCAGCGCGACACCGGCGACGACGAGGGCGACGACGAGAUGCAGCAGGACGAGCCCGACGCCCCGGCGCCGACUGCGCCGUCCUCGUCCGGCACCGGCCCCUCGAAGCAGCGCGCUGCUGCCGACCCGUCGGCCGACCCGUCGGCCCAGCCCCAGGACCAGCAGGACCGCUCGGCGGCAGAGCCGCAGCGCAGCCUCGGCGACUCGCUCCAGAACUGGCGGCGUCGCCUCGAGGCGAUCGGCGACCUCGCCCAGCCCGAGGAGCAGGACACGUCCGAGACGGCGCCCGAGCCCCAGCAGGACGGCGCGGUCGAGUACGUCCAAGACGGCGACGAGCAGGAGACGGACGAGCAGGCGCUCGGACCCGCGAGCGAGGAGCAGGUCCAGAAGCUCGAGCAGCUGCACCUCGGCGACGAGACGGCGCCCGCCGACGAGUUCCCGGCCGACGACGACAUGGCCGUCGACGGCGCCGACGAGACGGCCCAGCAGCAGCAGCCAACGACGAUGCAGCUCAAGGGCUCGUCCCUCACCGAGGCCGACGCCAAGGCCAUCCCGGCCGCCGAGCUCCGUCAAGACCGCUCGUACGCCGACGAGGACCGCGACAUGGACGACGAGGUGCGCGCCGACGACGAGGACGCGCUCGGCCACCCGUCGUCGACGUUCGCCCCGGCGCUCGACCUCGAGCAGGACCAGGUCGUCGAGCAGGCGCUCCUUCAGUGGCGCUCGGGCGACGACCCCAACAUGUCGGCCGAGGGCGUGUGGCGCCUGUACGAGUCGCUCACGCGCGACCUGUCGUACGCCCUCACCGAGCAGCUGCGCCUCAUCCUCGAGCCGACGCUCGCGACCCGGCUCAAGGGCGACUACCGGUCGGGCAAGCGCCUCAACAUGAAGAAGAUCAUCCCGUACAUCGCGUCCGAGUUCACCAAGGACAAGAUCUGGCUCCGUCGCACCCGGCCGUCGCAGCGCGAGUACCAGGUCUUGAUCGCGAUCGACGACUCCAAGUCGAUGGCCGACUCGCACUCGGUCCACCUCGCGUUCCAGUCGCUCGCCCUCAUCUCGCGCGCCCUCACGCGCCUCGAGGUCGGCGGCGUGUCGAUCAGCCGCUUCGGCGAGUCGACCGAGGUCCUGCACCCGUUCGAGGCCGGCGUCGUGUCGGACGAGGCCGGCGCGUCCCUCAUCGGCAAGUUCACGUUCCAGCAGCAGUCGACCGACGUGCGCCUCCUCGUCGAGCGCACGCUCGCUCAGCUCGCCGAGGCCAAGGACUCGGCGCGGUCCGGCAAGUCGUCGCUCGCUGCGGGCGACCUGUGGCAGCUCGUCGUCAUCAUCAGCGACGGCAUCUGCCAGGACCACGACAAGCUGCGCGCUCUCCUGCGUCGUGCGAGCGAGCAGAAGGUCAUGUUCGUCUUUGUCGUCAUCGACAGCCUGCACCGCCGAGGGUCGGACGCCCCGAACGCCGCCGCCGCCGCCGCCGCCAACCCGGCGGCCGACCAGCAGUCGAUCCUCGAGAUGAAGUCGGCGUCGUACGGCUACAACGCGUCGGGUCGCCUCGAGCUCAAGCUCGACCGGUACCUCGACAGCUUCGGCGCCACGUUCGAGCACUUUGUCGUCCUGCGCGACGCCAACGCGCUCCCGGACGUCCUCAGCUCGACGCUCAAGCAGUUCUUCGAAUCGGUUUCGUCGGACCGGUAGACGGUGCACGUCGAGGUGUGCGACCAGGCCGGUGCCGGGGUCGAGGAGGAAAGGGUUCGAGAGGGGUUCGUUUGAUAGAGCAUCGCCGCGUUUGUUCUCAUUGUUGUACUCUCCCGCACUGCACUGUCUGCUGUCUGCUC